AGACAGCCGAGGUCAGAGGUCACUGCGAGGUCAAGAAAUGACGGCAAGUGAAGUCGGGAAAGCGCGAGCAAAGUGUAUAGCAGAAGAAGGGAGAGAGAAAAAGAAAAUAAAUAGGAUAAUAAGGACCUAACCACCGAGCAAGGAAAUUGUAAAGGGUGUAUCGACGAAAAAGGAGAGAAGGAAGGGGGGAUUAGAAUGAAUUAGAGACGAAUUUACACGAAGAAAAGAAGAGAAAUCAGGAGAGUGUCGUGGCAUGGGCGGCCUCGAGGUCUCAAACACGUACCUUUAACACCCCGCCCAACGCCCCCUCCCACGCCCACGUCGAGAGGCUGACACGCCCACCGCCACGCCCACACUGGAUCUGAGAGUGGAAGGAGACACCUGGGAUAGAGAAAACACAGUAAUUACAAAGAUGGAUGAUUUUAUGUACGGGGACUAUGACUAUGACCCCACUGGAGAGGACGUCGAAUACCUGGAUUAUUAUGAUGAUGAAAUAUAUGAGAUCCCGGAAGAUGAGCCGUGGGAGGAUGACGAGGACCUGGAGUCUCAGCUCACGAUCUCAGAGCUGUAUGAGUACUGUGUUGUGCCGACAGUCACGGAUUCUGCACGGCACCUUUAUAACAUUCUGAUGUGGUCGUUGAUCUUCUCCGUUAGUACGAGAUUUGUGCGAGUUCCUGCAUGUCUUGUGCACCUGAUGUCUGCUGCAUGUGGCUGUGUGGUGGCCUGGCAGCUGUUUGGCCAACGCACUGUCUACAUGGCCUCUCUGACAGCUGUCGGAGGGCUGUCCCUUCUCACCUCAAAUGCACUAGUGAAAGCCCGCCGAGGACCUUGGACUUGUGUGGCAUGUGUGGUUGUCAUGAUCGUGUGCGAGUUAUGGUGGGCAGAUCCAGUUGACUGGCAUAGCAUAAGAGGUGCUCAAAUGAUCAUCCUAAUGAAGGUGGUAUCAGUAGGGUAUGAUCUUGAUGCUCGCACUCUCACUACCUGCCCAGGUCUUGCUGAGCUCCUUGGCUACAUCCUAAAUCCGGGUUCAAUUAUCUUUGGUCCAUGGGUUUCCUUUAAGACCUACAUGAAGGUUCUUGAGCCAGCAUCUUGGAAAACAUGGCCAAUUUUGAGGAUCCUGCAGAGCUUGGCAGCCAGUAUUUUAUUUUUGAUUAAAUCCACGUGCAUUAUAUCAUGGAUUUUAGCAGACCCAGGGAACAAAUGGAUGUUGGCUUAUAGAGAUGCCCUCGCAUUUCGAACGAGCCAUUACUUCGUAUCUUACAUGAGUGAGGUUUCUGCAUUAUUAGCUGGCUUAGAAAUAGCAGGAGUUGCAAACCCAGGAUCAAUUGAGGUUCCACGUUCUCUUGGGGAGGUUGUGGUAUUCUGGAAUAUGCCCAUGCAUCACUGGCUGAAAACAUAUGUCUUCAAGCCUGUCCGUGGGCAGCUGGGAGUGUUUUGGGCACUUUUAUUCACCUACAGCAUGUCGGCACUUUUCCACGGUCUUAACUUUCAACUGGCAGCUGUACUUUUAUCCUUGGGCUUCUACACUUAUGUUGAGCAUUCACUCAGAUAUAAGCUAGCAAGCGCCUUUGAUGCCUGUAUAUUAGCUAGACCCUGCCCAGAGAGUUGUGAACAUACACAGAAAGGAUGGUCAGUCUUCACAAUCUGUACUAAUCUGGCAUUUGGACUCAUGGCGAUGUUCCACCUGGCAUACCUUGGCAUCAUGUUUGACUCUUCGCCCCAACAACAAGAAUCAGGAUACAGCAUGAAGCACACUCUAACUAAGUGGUCUAUUUUAGAUUACGCUAGUCACUGGGUUGUUUUAGUCUGUUAUGUUGUUAAUGCUGUCAUUUAAGAUUUGUUUUUAUUGAUAAGCCAUUUAUAAAUUUAGAUUUCUAGGGCAUUAUAAUUGUGUAAUAAUUUUUAUACAAAAAUGUAGCUGUUAUUUUUUUUUUUUUUUUUUUUUAGGGAAAAAGAGAAACUUAGACAGACAUUUUUUCUUACAAUAUGGAAGUCCAAAGUGUUGGUUUAAUAUGUACAUAUGUUCCAUAGAAUAAUAUUAGAGGAGGAGGAGAUUGGGCACUGCUCUGGUUAGCAAUAUUUUAAGUUAAACAGCAAAUGUUUGCAACUUGUUAUAUGCAACAGUUUUACACCAAAUUAAAGUUAGAAUAUAUCUGAUAUUAUAUCUUUGUGUAUAGUUUUGUAUUUUGAUUGAACUGUGAAUAGAAAUAAUGCCCUGUCUUGGACUUGAAAUAUUCCAUUGAUUGUUUGUCCCAGUGCUAUAUCCAUGGACAAGCCAACUGAUUGCUCAUCUUUCAAGAAGACGGUCGUAAAAUUAUCAUUUAUUUGGCUGCUAUUGCUUUUGAAUUGGCAUAUGUACUUGAAUUAAUGCAGAAAGUCUAAUUUUGCUUAUGCAGUAUCCAAGCUGUUGAUUUUGUCUGAAAAAGGUGCCCAUGUUCAAUUCAAACAGUGUUUUUAAUACAUUUCAUAGUUUAGACUUACUAUUUGUUAUGUUAAUUCAUUCAUCUCCAUAUUGUAUUACAUUUGUUUUCAUAAACUUGAUAUUAUUUUAGGUCAUUACUAAUCUACUUUGCAUUCAGCAGUGAUCUAAUUGCAGUCUGAUUGCAAACUUAAAAUAAUUGUGUGCAAUUGCAUAAUAAGAUUUUGGGUAGUUAUAUUAAGUUUGUGGGUAGCUCUUCCCAUUGUUAUAGCUGUUCACAAGUCCAGUUUCUACAUGACUCUUGGGAAAAGAGUUUAAGUGAACCUGGAUGAUGGAAAUAUCUGCAAAUGUUUUAUUCUUCUGCCUGUCUCUGCCUAAUUUGUUUUAAGUUCAUUUUUGAUUUGGUAAUGUUAGUUCCUGUGCUGAAUUCUAAUUGUUUACAUAAUUACUUUCCAUUGAAUGUUUGUAUUAAAUAUUGUCUUUUAGUUAUAUGCAUAUAAGUUGAUCAAUUAAAACAAAAUUGUUUGAAAGCAAAAUAUGUGAACACAACAAAAUUGUAAUAGUGCAAGCAAAUGGGUCACAGCUAUAGGGUGUUCUUUACCUUACAUUCAUGUUGUUGAACAUAAGGUGAGCUAAUCUCAACAUGGUGAUAUCCAGCAGCUUUUGGAUUGAUUAUUCCUUCUAAGCAGCCUCCAACUUUCAAUAAUUGUAAUUUAUUGCUUGCAGUGAGUGGCAUCAGCAAUACGAAAGCAAUUAAUCAUGGUAUCUAAAGUUUGCUAUUAAGAAAUGAAACUGAAUAUUUGAAUAUGAAAUAAUGUUUUAUAUUAAUUGCUUUUUUAAUGUAGUAAUAUAUUGAAGAGGACUGUAGCAAGCACCAUGAGUUCACUUAUAGUUGCUUCCAUGUUUGUAAAGAAAUGGGUGGUGGAGCUGAAUCAGAUGAUUAUUCUCUUUGCUCUGUGACCAGCAGGUUGGUAAAAAUGUGCAACUGUUCACUGAGUAGCUAGUACAUUCAACCCUGAAAUGAGACAAUCCCCCCUCCCCCUCACACACACACACACACACACACACACACACACACACACACACACACACACA